CAAUUUUGACAGCUCAGUAUCACAUGUUUAUAUUCGUUCAACUGUUGUGGUUGUGUAUUAUCACAUGUUAAAUUAAAAACAUCUAUUAAUUGAUUUUUAUUUAUUAAUUUGUGAAAUAAAAUUUAUCAAGCAUGGCGGAACAAGUCAACCAACGUAUCGAGGGCAUGAUAAAUGAGUUAGAACAGAUGCGGCGAACAAAUUUAUACGAUGAUGAAGAAAUAAAGGAAAUUUCACGUAAACGGAAAGAGUUUGAAUAUAGAAUACAAAGGAGAAUUAAAGAGAAAGAUGACUUUGUACAAUACAUAGCAUUUGAACUUGCUUUACUUGAAGAUAUUUCUUUAAGAAGGAAACAAGCUAAACUUACAGAAAAGAAAAGAGACAUCGAGUUUUCAAUAACAAAGAGGUUAAAUAAAGUGUUCAAACAAUUUAUAUUUAGGUAUCAGAAUGAUGUUGCUAUAUACUUUGAGUAUAUAAAGUUUUGUCAGAGUGUGGGGUUUGAUCAUGCUAUUUCUGCCAUCAUAGGUCAGAUGCUACAGAUUCAUGGUGAUAAACCUAAGAUGUGGCAAAUGGCCAGCAAAUGGGAGAGCAAGGAACAGAAUAACUUUGAAAAUGCUAGGAAUUUUCUUCUCAAAGGAAUACACAGACAUCCUGAAUCUGAAAUACUUUACUUAGACUUGUUUGAUAUUGAGCUUAUGAUUGCUUUUAAAGCAGAAGCCGAGGAAGACAGAGAGAAAUAUCUUAAAAGAGCAGAUAUUGUGUGGAGAAAUGGGUCAAAUAAAAUAUUGGAUGUAGGAUUUCUAUUUAAAUUAUGCGAUUUAGCGCUGAAAUAUGAGAUUGCAAAAGAAAUUACAAAUUCUAUAAAGAAAGAAAUUUGGGAAAGAAGAUCAGUAAAAGAUGUGUGGUCUUACAUAGGUGUGAAAGAAUUGGAGGGCUGUCACUGGUCAGAAAUUAAUGAGUAUGUUGAUGUAGAUUCAAAAUAUCCUGAUGAAAUCAAUAAUUACAUAGCUGUAUAUGAAGAGGCUUUGCAACAGUUUCCAGAUGAAAAACUUUGUACAAAAUACAUUCACGGUGCACUUAGUUUAAGAGAAGGACUUUGUACAGAUUUACAAAAAGUUGCCAUUGUUAAAAGAGCAUGGUACUACGGUCAUGAAAAUGGAUUACUGUCAAAAGAAAUGUAUACGUUUGGUAUUCAAAUGUUAAAACUUGAAGAUGAAAUAUCAAAGGACGAAUACACUGAGAUUCUCGAUGAGGCGAUGGCAAAGAAUUCACACUGCAGACUUUUAUGGCAAGAAAAGCUAUUGCUUAAUAAAUCUGAUGAAAAUAAGAUGUUAUCUAUACUCAAAGAUGCUGCGAAGCAACUAAAGUCUGAAGAUCUAACAGAAGUUUGGAACUUUAUUCUUGAUAAUGUUGAGUCUAAUAUUGUGUUAAAAAAUUGUUUCACCAAAUUCCAAGCAUGUGAUCAUGCAGCACUUAUGUCAUUAAAGCCCAAACUUUUACAAAAGAUAUAUGAGCACAACGGUUUGAAAGCUGCAAGACAAGCGUAUGAAGAUUUUAUCAGAACUCCGCCCACACAAGCUAAUGUGCAUAAGAUUAUGAUAGAGAUAGAGAUGUCUCAAGCUAAACCAACACUCAAAUGUAUCAGGAAAUGUUAUGAGGCCUUCGUCCAACAUCACGGUAAAAAUAACAUUCAAGUUUGGAUGGAUUAUAUAAAAUUCGAACAGGAGAAUGGUGGUGCUCAAGCUGUUCCCGCUAUUCAUAGGAGAGCUAUAGCAAUGUUGGAAAAGAAAUUAGUCGAUGAAUUUAUCAAAGCUCAAGCCUUAUCAAAAAUAAAAUAAUUAAUAUA